CCUUUUUAUAAACCACACAUAACUUAAACCAGUCCAUAUAAAUUAAUCAAUCUUAUCACUAACCUCCCUCUCUCUCUCUCUCUCUCUCUCUCUCUGAUGGAAAAUUACCAAACAUUUUUUUCCUCGGCAGCAACACCACCAGCUUCUUCUUCCUUGUCAUUGAACAUGGGGAACCCUCAGGGCGCUUACAGUACUACUGAUCAUCUUCAAUUCCAAAAUAACAAGUCACCACCAGCAGCAAAUGGGUUCUUGGGGCUGAUGUCAGAUAUGGAGGUUUCAAACAAUAUUAAUUCUUCUCAGAGCAAAAGCUUUGGGGGGCCUGAAGGUGCUGUGAGGUUAGGGACGAAGAAGGGGGAGAAGAAGAUAAGAAAACCCAGAUAUGCUUUUCAAACGAGGAGCCAAGUUGAUAUCCUUGAUGAUGGAUAUCGAUGGAGGAAGUAUGGUCAAAAAGCGGUGAAGAACAACAAGUUUCCAAGAAGCUACUACCGGUGCACGCAUCAGGGGUGCAAUGUGAAGAAGCAAGUUCAGAGGCUAACCAAAGACGAAGGCAUUGUUGUGACAACUUAUGAAGGCAUGCACUCUCAUCCCAUCGAGAAAUCUACCGAUAACUUUGAGCAUAUUUUGAGCCAGAUGCAAAUCUACACUUCAAUUUAAUUAUGCCCCUUAGAGACAAUAUUUUACAUGUAAAACCUCUACUUUGUAAAUUAUUGUGUAGUUUUCGGAAUUAAUUAACAAAAAUAAAAUGUACUGCGGCAGGGAUUGAGAUUCUAGUCUA